CAGCCAAGUCAUCAGCGGUGCCUGCCCCAGCCAAGUCAUCAGCGGUGCCUGCCCCAGCCAAGUCAUCAGCGGUGCCUGCCCCAGCCAAGUCAUCAGCGGUGCCUGCCCCAGCCAAACCAUCAGUAGUGCCGACACCAGCCAAACCAUCAGCAGUGCCUGCGUCUUCAGAGCCUUCUUCCAUAGUCACGCCAUCAAACAACAACCAACAGACUGACAUUCAACCAUCCAAACCACGCAGGAUACCAGACCAACCCACGGCCAUCGAAAGAAUCAGACGGUACGGUAAAUUUCUCUAUACCUGGCGUAUUCGACAAUCACCCGACGUAUGCUGCAUUUGCUUUGGCGAUAAUGAGAAAGAACCAAUCAUUGGCUGCGAUAACCCCAUGUGUGAUGUCCGUCUUCAUACCAGUUGUUAUCACAAGACAAAGAAGACAGGACUCAAGAUGACACGUCGAUGGAUAUGUGAUAAAUGCAAUUACUUGAAGUCUUUGCCUACAAGUGUAGGUAUUGCUUGUGCCUUAUGUCCAAACACGUCUGGUGUGUUUUGUAUGUUGGAUCCAAAGAAAUACACUCUACCUUGGGUGCAUUAUAAUUGUGCAAAGACCUUUUUAGGGGAAGAUGGUAUUGUGUUUAAUACGUCUACAGAGUAUUAUGAGGCUCAAUUAGACUUCAUUCCAUCAAGUAACUUUGAACAGAUUUGUGCUGAUUGUACUAAACCAAGCUAUGCUCAAUAUGGUGCUAAAAUACCAUGUCAUUUAUGUGAUAAGUAUUACCAUGUUACAUGUACAGAACAAUAUCACUUGGCCUUCCAAGGUGAACCCUAUGAAUGCCUGGACCAUACAAACACAACAAAAAAAGAUUCAGGGUCCUCUAGAAAGAGACGCUUGGCUGUUGUUUAUCAUCGUUGGGUAGGAAGAAGAAACCAACACUUGUUUGAGGAAUUCGGCAAAGUGCCUCGGAUGCUUACUUUAGAUCUAUGGAAAAGUAUUGAUCUAUCUAAAAUCUCUAUGGGCAAACUCACUCAUCAUUAUCAACGUUCUCUUGCGAUCAUUCAGAACAACGAAAGCUAUCCUGUUGAAAACACACAGUAUAGUCAAUGGGUGGAUUAUAUCUUGGCUCUUUUUGCCUCGCUUUAUUCUAGCUAUGACAUGGAGAGAAACAGGAGUAUCUUUACACUGAAGGGAUUUGAUGUCCAUAUUGGCUAUGAUUUCAAGCCAACUGAGGGCAAUACCUCACCCACUGUUCCUUCUCAUACAGCGCUUUCUAUCUUAACUUCCAAAAACAAAUCACAAAAACCAAAACAACAUACACCCGCUGCUGUCAUACCCUCAGACGAUUUAAUAUGUGCCAUUUGCCUUCAACACGAUUUACCUGCUCAAGUAUGGGAAAGACACCAUUUAGACGAUGACUAUAAAGCCAAGUUGAUAAGCACAACGGGCCAAAGAAAGCCAGGCUAUACAGGCACUGGUUCUUAUUGGGACCCUCAAGUAUUUAUUCGAUGUUGUCGCUGUGAAACCAUUGUCCAUUGUGGAUGUCCGCAACCACCCAUCAAAGCUUAUCCUCAAAAGUUCAGAGUAUUUAUUUGUAUUAAAUGUGAUAUUAAACAUGAACAAGCUGCUCGAAACCAAUUGAAAUCAACUGCCAGAAGAUCGCACCAAGUGAACUAUAAAGAAUGAUUCUUAACUUUCUAUGACAAAUAAAAAAAAACGCGUUACUGAAUUUAAAUAACACUAUCCCCCUCCUUUUUUUUCUUUUU